AUGUCUGGGGUGGAGGUGCUGGGCUCCCAGGAACCGGAAGCCGCUGGGACAUGCACGGAGGACAUCCCCUCCAUUAAGGAAAUUGAGCAGCUCCUGAGCACCGGGGGGCCCUCUUGCAACCAUGUUGAUGAAGUAUGGCCUAAUCUCUUCUUAGGAGACCUAGUAACAGCUCACAACAGAUUUGUUCUGUGGAAGAUGGGUGUGACCCAUGUUCUAAAUGCUGCCCACGGCACAGCAUACAGCCACGGAGGCCAGGACUUCUAUGGAGCGACCAUUGAUUAUUACGGUGUACCAGCCCAUGACCUCCCAAGCUUUGAUAUAAGCCAGUUCUUUUUCUCUGCAGCACAAUUUAUCCAUAAUGCCUUGAAGACACCAGGAGCUAAAAUUUUGGUCCAUUGUGCAGUUGGAGUAAGCAGGUCAGCUUCCCUAGUCCUAGCAUACCUGAUGAUAAAUCACCACCUCCCAUUGGUUGAAGCCAUCAAAACAGUGAAAGAACACCGAUGGAUUUCACCCAAUCGUGGCUUUCUGAAACAGCUGCGAAACCUGGAUGUUCAGCUGCGGCAAAAGAAGGACUGCUGA